AUGGUGAUGUUUUGUUACGGUUUAGUGGUGGAGAGACUCGUAAAGAUGAAGGACCAUGAAGUGAGGCACAAGAUUUGCAGUUGCAGGGUUGAAAGUAUGUUGCUUGCUGUUCCGCUCAAGAAUGUAAUCAGUUCUUCAGUUCUUGCAUUUAAGAUAAUUGUCUGGAACGUAGUAGAUACUUCGAAUCCUAUUGGAUCAAAAUCAAAGAGAGCUGAGUACAAUGUUGUCCCAGUAUGUGGAUUGGAUUGGAUGGGCAUAAAGGUUCUAUAUACCAUAUUACAUGGUCUUUGUAUGGAUCAAAACUGGUGUCCAUCUCGGAUGAUCACAGGUCAAGUCUCAUCCCAAUUUGAAUGA